AAACAAUUCGCAUUAAAUUGCUCUUAAUUACAUUCAAAGAACAGCCUUCCUCCACAAGAAACUACCAUAAACAACCACCUCACACUAUUCCUACAAAUUCGAAUCUCACUCUCUUAUAUCACCAUCCUUCACCCCAUUUCCACACUAAACUUUCCAACACCCCACCCAAAACACAAUGGAAGGAACCGAAGUAGCCAACAAGGAUGCCACCAUGGGCCGCCACCUCGCCCGCCGCCUUGUCGAAAUCGGCAUCACCGACAUCUUCACCGUGCCCGGAGACUUCAACCUCACCCUCCUCGACCACCUCAUUGCCGAGCCUCGCCUUAAAAACAUCGGCUGCUGCAACGAGCUCAAUGCGGGUUAUGCAGCCGAUGGCUACGCUAGGACCCGCGGUGCUGCAGCCUGUGUCGUCACAUUCACCGUGGGCGGCUUGAGCGUCAUCAACGCUAUAGCCGGUGCUAAUAGUGAGAACCUGCCCGUUAUUUGUAUCGUUGGUGGCCCGAAUUCCAAUGAUUUCGGGACUAACCGGAUCCUCCAUCAUACCAUUGGGAUACCCGAUUUCAGCCAGGAGUUGAGGUGUUUCCAGACCGUUACUUGCUACCAGGCUGUGGUUAGUCAUUUAGAAGACGCACACGAGCAAAUCGACAGGGCGAUUACGACCGCCCUUAAAGAAAGCAAGCCGGUUUAUAUCAGCAUCAGUUGCAAUUUGCCCGGGAUUCCUCACCCUACUUUUAUCAGGGAUCCCAUCCCGUUUUCACUUGUUGAUCGCACAAGCAACACUGCAGAAUUAGAAGCAGCAAUCGAAGCAGCAGCCGCCUUCUUGGGCAAUGCGGUAAAGCCCGUAUUAGUUGGUGGCCCAAACCUUCGCGUGGCAAAGGCUACCGAUGCAUUUGUAGAAUUCGCAGACGCCAGCGGCUUUGCAUUAGCUGUAAUGCCCGCGGGCAAGGGGAUGGUUCCCGAGACUCAUGAGCACUUUAUUGGGACCUACUGGGGUGCGGUCGGGACUUCAUUUUGUUCAGAAAUCGUCGAGUCAGCCGACGCUUAUCUCUUUGCGGGCCCCAUUUUCAACGACUACAGUUCAGUCGGCUACUCGUUGCUGCUCAAGAAAGAAAAGGCCAUCAUUGUGCAGGCUGAUCGCGUGGUUAUCGCCAACGGGCCAGCUUUCGGGUGUGUUUUGAUGAAAGAUUUUCUUGAAGGACUUGCUAAAGUAGUCACCAAAAACACUACAGCAUUUGAGAACUACGAGCGGAUCUUUGUCCCUGAUGGAACACCGAAUGCACCCGAGCCUAAUGAGCCGUUACGGGUCAAUAUUUUGUUCCAGCAUAUACAGAAAAUGCUUUCUGAGAACACUGCAGUACUUGCUGAAACCGGAGAUUCUUGGUUUAACUGCCAGAAGUUGAGGCUACCCGCAGGAUGUGGUUUGUGCUACAAUCGCAGGUACGAAUUCCAAAUGCAGUACGGGUCAAUCGGGUGGUCUGUUGGUGCCCUUCUUGGCUAUGCUCAGUCUAUUCCCGACAAACGGGUCAUUGCUUGCAUCGGUGAUGGCAGUUUUCAGGUAACAGUACAAGAUGUGUCAACAAUGAUAAGAAACGAGCAAAAGAGUGUAAUAUUUCUGAUAAACAACGGGGGUUACACCAUAGAAGUUGAGAUCCAUGACGGGCCUUAUAAUGUUAUCAAGAACUGGAACUACGUGGGUGUCGUUGAAGCCUUCCAUAACGAUGAAGGCAAGCUUUGGACUGCAAAGGUAAAAUGUGAAGAGGAGCUGAUAGAAGCAAUAGCAACAGCAACAGGAGAGAAAGAGGAUCAUUUGUGCUUCAUAGAAGUGAUUGUUCACAAGGAUGAUACCAGCAAAGAACUACUUGAAUGGGGAUCAAGGGUCUGCUCAGCUAACAGUCGCCCGCCUAAUCCUCAGUAAUUUGGCUCCCACGGAUCGGGUCGGAUUUGAGUUUGAUUUUGGUUUCUUGGAUCAGUUUAGAUCAAAACUGAAUUUUUGUUUUGGUUUUUGGAAAUUGGAGCAACAAAUGCAACAAUCAUGGUGAUAAUUUCUUAUAACAGAAUUCAGAUAAAUGAAGUAAUUGCAAUGAAAUUAGCAAACAAUCAUUUGAGACAAA